AUGUGGGACGGAGAGCUGAGAAGGAUUAGAGUCCUGUCUUUGUUUGCUAAGAUCUGUGAGAAGACUGUGCUGAAACGUGUGCUCAAGGAGCUGUGGAAGCUGGUGAUGAACACCAUGGAGAAAACCAUCGUUCUGCCGCCACUCACAGACCAAACGGGGAGGCUGAAGAAUGCUUCUCACAGUGAUGGCACUCAGCUCAUCUUCAACGCUGCCAAGGAGCUCGGACAGCUGUCUAAGCUGAAGGAGCAUAUGGUUCGUGAAGAGGCCAAAGCUUUAACGCCCAAGCAGUGUGCUGUGAUUGAGCUGGCUCUGGACACCAUCAAGCAAUAUUUCCAUGCUGGUGGUGUGGGUCUGAAGAAGACCUUCCUGGAGAAGAGUCCAGACCUCCAGUCUCUCCACUACGCUCUGUCCCUCUACACACAGGCCACUGAUAAACUCAUUAAGACUUUCGUCCAAUCACAAAACGCCCAAGGAUCUGGGGUGGAGGACGCUGUGGGAGAAGUGUCCAUCCAUGUGGAGAUUUUCACUCAUCCAAACACCGGAGAGCACAAAGUCACAGUGAAAGUGGUGGCUGCUAACGACCUGAGGUGGCAGACGCAAGGAAUAUUCCGCCCGUUUGUAGAGGUCUAUAUCAUCGGUCCUCAUCUGAGCGACAAAAAGAGGAAGUAUGCCACCAAGUCCAAAAACAACAGCUGGGCUCCCAAAUAUAACGAGACCUUCACUUUCACUCUGAGCAACGAGGUGGGCCCUGAGUGCUACGAGCUGCAGGUGUGUGUGAAGGACUACUGCUUCGCUCGAGAGGACCGCACCGUGGGCAUGGCUGUCCUGCAGCUGAAGGACGUGGCAUCGAAGGGCAGCGUGGCCUGCUGGCUGCCGCUGGGUAAACGCAUUCACAUGGACGAGACGGGCCUCACCGUCCUGCGCAUCCUCUCCCAACGCAAUAACGACGACGUGGCCAAGGAGUUCGUCAAGCUCAAGUCGGACCAGCGCUCAGCUGAAGAAGGCCGCAGCUAAAAGGAAAACUUAAAACAUCAGACGCCUGGAGCUCCUCUGAGCCGCUGCAAGUCACUGCCCUGAUGAUCCACAGGUGUAAAAGCACAUCACUACACAUCCAAUACUGUAAAUACAGCAACGCACCACACUCUUCCUUAAAACAACACGAGUGUCUUUAUUGUUGCUGAUGUUUUAAACCAUCACAGAGUUUACUCAGAGCAUGUUUCUCCUCUGCUUUAUUCACAGAGGAGAAACACACACACUCUUAUUUGACCAGUCAAAGGAAGGGCUUUGUAGCCUUUAAUAUCUCGGCUUUCUUUCUUACGUUCUCCUGCCUCUUGACCUCCUCUCCUCUCUGCUUUUUCCUAUCUUUGAUCCCGGUACGAGUCCAGCUUAGAGAAGGGACCACAAGUGCCAACAGAUAAUCGCUAAAAGCUGCCAAGACCAACCCCGAGCACAACAGAACAAAUAAUCAUACAUGUAGAACGGCUGCACGACCUCAAACAUGCCUCGUGUUAGGUGGGAAACACACAGGCACAA